AGCAUGCGCAGGACUGCUCCCGGCCGCGAUCACUAUGGUAGCGGCGUCUUCGUGGGCCCGGGCGCCGCGGUCCUGCCCAGGCGCGGCUGCCUCAACAGCUGCCCCUCUUGCAGCCUCUCGGGCAUGAACCGAGCCUUCUGUUGCCUCCCGCUACCCUACCCGCCGUUGCCCUUGCAUCCCGACUCUGGGCCCCCGCUGGGAACAUGCCUCUGGCUUCCUACUGCUACCUGCGGGUCGUGGGCAAGGGAAGCUACGGAGAGGUGACACUCGUGAAGCACCGGCGGGACGGCAAGCAGUACGUCAUCAAAAAACUGAACCUCCGAAAUGCCUCUAGCCGAGAGCGGCAAGCUGCUGAACAGGAAGCCCAGCUCUUGUCUCAGCUGAAGCAUCCCAACAUUGUCACCUACAAGGAGUCCUGGGAGGGAGGAGACGGUCUACUCUACAUUGUCAUGGGUUUCUGUGAAGGAGGUGAUCUGUACCGAAAGCUCAAGGAACAGAAAGGGCAGCUUCUGCCUGAGAAUCAGGUGGUAGAGUGGUUUGUACAGAUCGCCAUGGCUUUACAGUAUUUACAUGAAAAGCACAUCCUUCAUCGAGAUCUGAAAACUCAAAAUGUCUUCCUAACAAGAACAAACAUCAUCAAAGUGGGGGACCUAGGAAUUGCCCGAGUGUUAGAGAACCACUGUGACAUGGCUAGCACCCUCAUUGGCACACCCUACUACAUGAGCCCUGAAUUGUUCUCAAACAAACCCUACAACUAUAAGUCUGAUGUUUGGGCUCUAGGAUGCUGUGUCUAUGAAAUGGCUACCCUGAAGCAUGCUUUCAAUGCAAAAGAUAUGAAUUCUUUAGUUUAUCGGAUUAUUGAAGGAAAGCUGCCGCCAAUGCCAAGAGAUUAUAGCCCAGAGCUGGCAGAACUGAUAAGAACAAUGCUGAGCAAAAGGCCUGAAGAAAGGCCGUCUGUGAGGAGCAUUCUGAGGCAGCCUUAUAUCAAGCGCCAAAUCUCCUCCUUUUUGGAGGCCACAAAGACAAAAACCUCCAAAAAUAACAUUAAGAAUGGUGACUCGAAAUCCAAGCCUGUUGCUACAGUGGUUUCCAGAAAGUCAGAAUCAAAUCAUGAAGUAAUCCACCCUCAACCACACUCUUCUGAAGGUUCUCAGACAUAUAUAAUGGUUGAAGGCAAAUGUUUGUCUGAGGAGAAACCCAGGGUCUCUGGUCCCUUGAAGUCACCUGCCAGCCUGAAAGCCCAUACCUGCAAACAGGACUUGAGCAAUACCACAGAACUAGCCACAAUCAGUAGGGUAAAUAUUGACAUCUUACCUGCAAAAGGGAAGGACUCAUUGAGCGAUGGCUUUGUUCAGGAGAAUCAGCCAACACACUUGGAUGCCUCUAAUGAGUUAGGAGGUAAAUGCAAUAUUUCUCAAGUGGAAAAGGAGAUGCUACAGGACAACACUAAAUCCAGUGCUCAGCCUGAAAACCUGAUUCCCAUGUGGUCCUCUGAAGUCACUGGGGAAAAGAAUGAACCAUUGAAGCCUCUGCAGCCCCUAAUCAAAGAACAAAAGCCAAAAGACCAGGAUCAAGUUGCUGGUGAAUGUAUUAUAGAAAAACAGGGCAGAAUCCACCCAGAUUUACAGCCACACAACUCUGGAUCUGAACCUUCCCUGUCUCGACAGCAACGGCAGAAGAAGAGAGAACAGACUGAGCACAGAGGGGAAAACAGACAGUUCCAAGAGUCACCUCGAAUUUUGCCCUCUCAUCCCAUUGUUGGAAAAGUGAAUAUCACAUCAACACAAAAAGAUGCUGAAAACCAAUGUAGAGUGGUCACUGGGUCUGUGAGCAGUUCAAGGAGCAGUGGGAUGUUAUCAUCAAAGGAUCGACCAUUAUCAGCCAGAGAGAGGAGGCGACUAAAGCAGUCACAGGAAGAAAUGUUCUCUUCAGGCCCUUCAGUGAGGAAAGCUUCUCUGAGUGCAGCAGUGCCAGGGAAACCCCAGGAGGAAGACCAGCCCGUGCCUGCCCGACGGCUCUGUUCUGACUGCAGUGUCACUCAGGAAAGGAAACUGAUUCAUUGUCUCUCUGAAGAUGAGUUAAGUUCUUCUACAAGUUCAACUGAUAAGUCAGAUGGGGAUUCCAAGGAAGGGAAAGAUCAGACAAAUGAAAUUAAUGCCUUGGUACAAUUGAUGACUCAGACCCUGAAACUGGGUUCUAAAGAGAACUGUGAAGAUCUCCUAGUAGCAAAUCCAGUGUCAGAAUUCAGACUUCAUCGGAAGUUUCGGGACACACUGAUGCUUCAUGGGAAAGUUGCAGAAGAGGCAGAGGAACUCCAUUUUAAAGAGCUACCUUCAGCUAUCGUGCCAGGUUCUGAAAAGAUCAGGAGACUAGUUGAAGUCUUGAGAGCUGAUGUAAUUCGGGGCCUGGGAGUUCAGCUUUUAGAGCAGGUGUAUGAUCUUUUGGAAGAGGAGGAUGAAUUCGAGAGAGAGGUACGUUUGCAGGAGCACAUGGGUGAAAAAUAUACAAGUUACAGUGUGAAAGCUCGCCAGUUGAAAUUUUUUGAAGAAAACAUGAAUUUUUGAGCAUUUGUCCUAAUCUGCUGCCAGAAUUAAAGACCUAUUUUCAGAGGUUUUUAACUUAAAAAACAAGGGCGAACGGUUAUUUGGAGGCCAUUCAUUACUGUUUUAUAUCUCUUUGGAGUUUUCUUACAGAAAAGAAAUUGGACAGAACAGACCAAUAUGAAGCAGGAUCACAAAA